AUGACGCAACAGCAGUUUGACCAGGCCAGCGGCGUGGCGGCAUCUGUUCGCAUAAGCAGAUGGGACUCGCUGACGGCGUACUCUCAGCGACCCGUACUUGCUCAACAACCGGCUUUGGUUGCUCUCUUCGUCGCUGUGGCGUUUGCCGCCCCACAAGCCCCAACGGAGCCGAUUCCGAUUGUCCGCCAGGACAGCCAGAUCAACGGCGAUGGAUCGUACCAGUACUCCUUUGAAACCGGCAAUGGCAUCAGUGCUGAUCAGAAGGGUGACUUGAAGAAGGUCGGAGACAUCGAGGCUUUGGAGGUGCAGGGACAAUUCCAAUACCCCGGAGAAGAUGGACAGAACAUUCAGCUCACCUACACUGCUGACGAAAAUGGCUACCAACCCCAGGGCGCUCACCUGCCCACCGCUCCUCCAGUACCCGAACCCAUCCAACGUGCACUCGCCUACCUCGCUACUGCACCACCUCAAGCCAAC